AUGGCUUCCGCUCGCUCUUUGAUGCGCCUGGGCUCCAGCCGCUCAGCGGCUUCAGCUGUGAGGCUCAAUGCCCCCCGCACAUUCUCGUCAGCGGCCUUCCGCUAUGCCGCCAAGGCAUCGACAGAGCCCAGCGCCCCAGAGCCUGAGAACAUGCGCCAGGCGCAACGGCCUCCUACCGGCCCUCUCCGCGCCCCUGUCGUCAACCCCGCCGACAAGUACCAGAACAUGUCCGAUGGCCUCCACAACUACGGACAGUACAUUAUGUCGUGUUUGCCGAAAUACGUCCAGCAGUUCACCGUCUGGAAGGAUGAGCUCACAGUGUACACUGCUCCUGCUGGUGUCGUCCCCGUCAUGAGCUUCUUGAAGAACCACACAUCCGCCGAGUACACACAGAUCUCCGAUAUCACCGGUGUGGACUUCCCUACCCGUGACCAGCGUUUCGAGGUGGUCUAUAACCUGCUCAGUGUUCGAUACAACUCUCGUAUUCGUGUGAAGACCUAUGCCGACGAGGCCACUCCCGUCCCCAGUGUCACCGGUCUGUUCGAGGGAGCUCUUUGGUAUGAGCGUGAGGUCUACGAUAUGUUCGGCGUGUUCUUCUCCGGCCACCCCGAUCUCCGUCGUAUCAUGACCGAUUACGGCUUUGACGGUCACCCUCUGCGCAAGGACUUCCCUCUCACCGGUUACACUGAGCUCCGGUACGACGAGGAGAAGAAGCGCAUUGUUAUUGAGCCUCUUGAGCUCACCCAGGCCUUCCGCAACUUCGAGAGUGGCACUACCGCCUGGGAGCCCGUUGGCUCCGGUCAGGACCGGAAGCCCGAGUCUUUCAAGCUACCAACUCCAAAGCCCGAGCCUAAGGAGGAAGAAAAGAAAUAG